AUGGGUUCAAAGAGAAGCUUUAAUGAUUAUUACGACGAAAGCUCAGAUGAAGAUCGUUCAGUUCUCGACGAUAAUUCUGGCGACGAUAACACUGAUGAAGAAAAUUCAGAACUGCCGGACGGACUGGAAGACGGCUCGGAGGAUUCUGAAACCGGUGCAACAGAUGAAGAUGAUUGGCAAGAAGAAACUGAUGUCAGUUCGGUGGAAAGCGAAAGCGACAGUGAUCAAGAACCGCCAAGACGUCGUUCGAAGCUCGAUCAGCGAUCAGAGUCGAAAGUAUUUUUGUCAAAAUCUGGUCGACGGUGGGGUAAAUCCGAACCUCCGAAACGAAAAAUACCACAAGCAAAUAUUCUGCGACAGUUACAUGGUGUUGGGCCCUCAGCAGCAAGGAUGCAAACAGUGAAAGAUGCUUUUCAACUCUUAUUUACAGAAGAAAUGAUACUUAUCGUCGUCGAAACUAAUAGAAGCGCAAGGAAGGCUGCUGAAGCAUUGAAUGAACAGAAUCCUGACAAGAAAUGGCAAUGGAAGGAUACUGAUAGUGAGGAAAUUUGGGCGUUUAUUGGAUUAUUGAUUCUUGCAGGCGUUCAAAGAUCUCAAAACGAGAAUCUCAACGAAUUAUGGUCCAUGAAUAGUGGCCGAUCAAUAUUUCGAGCGACAAUGUCAAAGAAUCGCAUGGAUAGUCUACUAAAAUUCCGAUUCGACGAUGCGGCUACACGAGAUACACGAAUGGAAGUAGACAAGCUGGCUCCAUUUAGUGAAUUUUGGGCAAUGUUUUUAGCACGACUACAGAUAUGCUACAUUCCAGGUGGUUCAAUGGCAGUCGAUGAAUAA